AUGUCAUUACAAUUAUCAAUAGUAUUUGGAGUAAUGACAUUUCAAAUGUUUACAUUAUUAAUAUUAGUAAUUCCAAUGCCAUAUAUAAUGAGAUCCAAAAUAAUAGAUUUAUAUAAUAAAUUAACAAAUUUACAAAAUUUUAAAAUUUUUUUAUUAUUUAGUAUAAGUUUAAUGUCAUUACAAUUAAUAGAUUGUUUACAAAGAUUACAAAAAUAUCGUAAAGAUGAUAAUAAUUUAGCUGGAAAUUUUGUAAAUUAUGAUAGAUUAGCUUCAAAAUUUUAUUCUCAAAGAAAUUUAUAUUUAAGUGGUUCAAUUUUAUAUUUAACUUUAUGUAUUUUCACUGUUGUUACAAUAGUUAAAAAAUUAGUAUUAAAAGAAAAAAUUUAUAGAGAAGCUGUUUUACAAAAGGGUAAAAAAUUGGAAUUGAAUAAAGUUGAUGAAGUUGAAUUAUCUAAAAUUGAAGAAUUGAAAAAGAAAAUUGCUUUAAAAGAUAAAGAUAUUUUAAACUUAAAAAAUCAAAUUAAAAAUAAUCAAAGUGCUUAUGAUAAAUUAAAUGGUGAUAUUAAAAGAUCAAAAGAUGAUUAA